AAAGAAAAAUAAAAAUCUAUCUUAGCGCGGUUGCGGUGCUGGCUGCUGCUCUCUGAGCUUCGCCAUGCCUCCCAAGGACGACAAGAAGAAGAAAGAUGCCGGAAAGUCGGCCAAGAAAGACAAAGACCCCGUGAACAAGUCAGGGGGCAAGGCGAAAAAGAAGUGGUCCAAAGGCAAAGUUCGGGACAAGCUCAAUAACCUCGUCUUAUCUGACAAAGCCACCUACGACAAGCUCUGCAAGGAAGUCCCCAACUAUAAGCUUAUCACCCCUGCUGUUGUGUCUGAGAGGCUGAAGAUUCGGGGGUCCUUGGCCAGAGCUGCCCUUCAGGAGCUCCUUAGUAAAGGACUUAUUAAGCUGGUUUCAAAGCACAGAGCUCAAGUAAUUUACACCAGAAACACCAAGGGUGGGGACGCCCCAGCUGCAGUGGAAGAUGCGUGAGCAGGUCCCAACUGUACAUUUUGAAAAAUAAAAACUUUAUUAAGUAAAAAAAAAAAGAAAAAGAAAAAUAAGC